UUUUUUUUUUUUUUCCUGCCAAUUAUCAUCCUCUAGCAAUAAACAGGUGCGGAUAAAACCCUAAAAGCUAAACCCUAAAACUUACCCAGCCAGCAGCCACCUCAGCCGCCCCCUGCCACCUGGCCCCAGCCACUUCCGUCGCCUGUCGCCUCCCUCUUGGCCCCAGCCACUGCCGCGACUAUCCGUCUGUCUUCUGAAAUCAGUUUUUUUUUUUUUUUUUGUUUUAAGCUUCUUGUGGUAACAUUGACAAAAAGUUAGUGGCAAUCAAUUCUAGAAGUUUUUUCUUAGCUACAGCCUUUGAGCUGAAUCUCUUUGAUGGCAAUGGCAUGUAGAGCAAUUAAUUUGGUUGUGGCUAUGUCGAUUCCAGUAUCUAAUAAACCACAACACAGCUUAUUCAGCGUCAAAUGUUCUGUAUCUCUCUCAGAGAAUGCUUCUGUUCCAGGGUUGGGAGGGAGGCCAUGGAAGGUAUCAGAUGCUAGACUUGUGCUCGAGGAUGGUUCCAUUUGGAAGGCUAAAUCAUUUGGUGCUUCUGGAACACAAGUUGGUGAAGUGGUUUUCAAUACUUCACUGACAGGAUAUCAGGAAAUUUUAACUGACCCGAGUUAUGCUGGGCAAUUUGUAUUGAUGACAAAUCCUCAUAUAGGGAAUACUGGUGUCAAUUUUGAGGAUGAAGAGUCAACACAAUGCUUUCUUGGUGGUCUAGUAAUCAAAAGUUUAAGCAUUAGCACAUCGAACUGGAGAUGUGCUGAGACACUUGGAGAUUAUUUAGCCAAAAGGAACAUUAUGGGUAUAUAUGAUGUUGACACUCGUGCUAUCACUCGUAGAUUGAGAGAAGAUGGGAGCCUUAUUGGUGUAUUGAGCACAGAAUCAAAAUCAGACCAAGAACUUUUGGAAAUGGCUCGUUCUUGGGACAUUGUUGGUGUCGAUUUAAUAAGUGGUGUUUCUUGUCAAGCUCCUUAUGAGUGGGUUAACAAAACCAAUGAUGAAUGGGAAUUCAAUACAGAUGGGAAACCUGCAGAAAGUCUUAGGGUGAUUGCCUAUGAUUUUGGCAUCAAACAUAACAUUCUGAGGCGCCUGGCCUCAUAUGGAUGCAAGAUUACUGUCGUUCCUUCAACAUGGCCAGCAUCAGAGACACUGAAAAUGCAACCAGAUGGCGUUCUUUUCAGUAAUGGUCCAGGUGAUCCUUCGGCAGUACCAUAUGCUGUUGAUACAGUGAAGGAGUUGAUUGGACAGGUUCCCAUUUUCGGAAUCUGCAUGGGCCAUCAGUUGUUAGGCCAGGGAUUGGGUGGUAAAACUUUCAAAAUGAAGUUUGGUCAUCAUGGAGGAAAUCACCCUGUUCAUAAUAUGAGAAAUGGACAAGUUGAAAUUAGUGCACAGAAUCAUAACUACGCAGUAGACCCUGCCUCACUUCCCGAGGGAGUUGAAGUGACGCACGUCAAUCUUAAUGACGGGAGCUGUGCAGGUCUUGCCUUUCCAUCGAAGAAUCUCAUGUCUCUCCAGUAUCAUCCAGAGGCAUCUCCAGGACCCCAUGACUCAGACCUUGUUUUUGGAGAAUUCGUUGAUAUGAUGAGGAGAGUAAAAGCAAAUGCGUGACGCUCGAUGAUUGCAAAUGAUGGAGAUUGUUAGAAUCAACUUAUUUUGUAAUUAGAUUAUGUUCCAUCCAAAGAAAAUCCUUUAGCAAUGUUAGUAGGUAUGAUAGUUCAUUUUGUGUUAUUUUUUUAUGUGGCAAGCCUUCAUCCGUGUAACCUGGGAACCUAUUAUCCCCGACUCUAAACACUAGACUUGCAUGCUUCAUAAUCCGGCUGUGCCUGUUAUAGCUCUCUCAUUUUCCACAAGGCCCAAGAUGGCUAGAAAGUUAAGCUUGUUGGCUUUCUGUGAAGUAAGUUGUUUGAAUUCUUCAUAAAUGUAUGAUAUUAUCUACGGGUACUUUUUUUACAUCA